AUGGCAGAAGCCUUGACCGUGGUUGGGGCCAUCGCGUCCGCCAUCCAGCUGAUAGAUUUCACGACCAAAUUGUUUGAUCGUCUGAAUGACUAUCUUCGCCAUAUCGAAGACGCACCGGGAACCCUUCGCGAAAUCAGAUUGCACUUGCCUUUCUUCAUCGAGGCAUUGCAGCGUGUUCGAACCAUGAUCGACUACGGCUACUUCAACCCAAGAAGCUCAGCUGUGAUGAAAAUCUUCAUCGACGAGGCCUAUUCGCAGAUGGCUUUGCUUGAUGAUCUUCUUUUCAAGUUGACGCCUAUCGAUAGCGACUCGAAGAUUACAAGGAGUCGCAAGGCUAUCUACAGUCUUAAGGAGGAGAAGACCUUGAAAAAGAUCUUCUCCAAUAUCUUGGGAAUUCGCUCGGAUGCCACCUUGGUCCAUGUGAAAUCGAUGAUGAAGAUGCAUGAACAAGCUAUAUCUGUGGAUGUUUCGAUCACCGCUACUUCAGCACCAGCGAAUAGUGUGGUAGGCCAUACGGACCCACCUUUGGCAAAGAGGCCUAUCAAAUCUGUCGCAAACUACUCCAAGAGAGAUAGAAAACGCAAGUUCUCUUACUUCUUCGGGCUGUCACGCUUCGGUCUACUUUGGGCUCUCCGCGCAGACCUCCACGUUUCAUGGAGCGAUCAAGGGAUUCCCAUUCAUCCCGGUUUACAUUUCCAAAAAUUAGUCAAAUUCACAUCACCUGGGCUGAAUAUAGUCUGGAGAGCUGUUUCGCCGUGGUGA